GAGAAAAGGGGCGGGGCCUAACCCGUGGAAGCCGAACUGGAGGGCUCGGUGCCCUUGCUAACCGGAGGGAGUCACGUGAUCGGGCUCGUUGCUCCGAGGGAGAGAGGAGGAAGUACCGUUCCGGUGGGCUCGGUCGGUCGGUCGGUCUUGGCAGGAUGUCGGGCAAGGACAGGAUCGAAAUCUUCCCUUCGCGGAUGGCUCAGACUAUAAUGAAAGCCCGUUUGAAAGGAGCCCAGACUGGUCGCAACCUCUUGAAAAAAAAAUCAGAUGCAUUGACUUUACGAUUCCGGCAGAUUUUGAAGAAAAUUAUUGAGACUAAGAUGUUGAUGGGUGAAGUGAUGAGAGAAGCUGCUUUUUCCCUUGCUGAAGCAAAGUUCACAGCUGGAGAUUUUAGUACUACUGUGAUUCAGAAUGUGAACAAAGCUCAAGUCAAAAUCAGAGCUAAAAGAGACAAUGUAGCAGGUGUGACAUUGCCAGUUUUUGAGCAUUACCAAGAAGGAGGAGAUAGUUAUGAGUUGACUGGUUUAGCCAGAGGCGGUGAACAGCUGGCCAAGCUGAAAAGGAACUAUGCUAAAGCAGUAGAACUCCUUGUAGAACUAGCUUCUCUUCAGACUUCAUUUGUUACUCUGGAUGAAGCAAUCAAGAUAACAAAUAGGCGUGUGAAUGCUAUUGAACAUGUGAUUAUUCCUAGAAUUGAACGCACCCUGUCUUACAUCAUAACCGAGUUGGAUGAACGAGAACGAGAGGAGUUUUACAGAUUAAAGAAGAUCCAAGAAAAGAAAAAGAUACUGAAAGAGAAGAAUGAAAAAUUGCAAGAAUUACGGAAAGCUGAUGGAGCGCAAGAACCUGCUAAUUUGCUUGCAGAAGAAAAAGAUGAGGAUCUUCUCUUUGAAUAGCUAUGGAUAUAGUUGACUGAAAUCUAAAAGCUGUGCUACUCUGUGGACCUUAUUUAUGAAGUUCUUUCUUUGAUGUAUUAGCUUGAAUAUUCCACUCCAGACCUAUUCAAGGAAUGUUCUUCUUGUGGAAAAUUGCUGUUUAAUUAAUUACUUGCAUGAAGCAGGAUCAUUUCCAUUUCCUAUCUGUCUUUGUUCCUUUGGUAUAGAAGUAUGGUUUCCCUGUGUACUGCCAAAUUCUUGUAAUAAUUUUUAUUUAUGGUCACAGAUAGAGACUAGUGAGCAAUUCAGAAAUUCAUAACUUGGAAUUAUGUUUUUUUCUUUCCUAAAAAAGAAACAUUCGUUUUAAAUUGUAUCUCGAUUGUACUGUAAAAUCAAUAAAGAAAUAUGGCUAAAUGAAA